AUGGCAAAACCUAUACCAAAAGUUGGUUCACGUAGGAGUGGGCGCAGUAGUGCACGGAAAAGCACACGUAGAAUACCAAAAGGAGUUAUUCAUGUUCAAGCAAGUUUCAACAAUACCAUUGUUACUGUUACAGAUGUACGAGGUCGGGUAAUUUCUUGGUCCUCCGCCGGUACUUGUGGAUUCAAGGGUACAAGAAGGGGGACCCCUUUUGCUGCUCAAACCGCAGCGGGAAAUGCUAUUCGAGCAGUAGUAGACCAAGGUAUGCAACGAGCAGAAGUUAUGAUAAAGGGUCCUGGUCUCGGAAGAGAUGCAGCAUUACGAGCUAUUCGUAGAAGUGGUAUACUAUUAAGUUUCGUACGGGAUGUAACCCCUAUGCCACAUAAUGGCUGUAGACCCCCUAAAAAAAGACGUGUGUAG